GAGAUGUGCAACUAAAGAAUGAAACCAACCGUCUCCAUUCUUCCUCCAAAUUCCAAAAAAACUCAUUUAUAUAAACAAUAUCACAUCAAAAUAUCAUUACAAUCCUGAAUCAAAACCCAUUCUCGCAAUGGCAUCUAAAGAUUCCAAGUUGAAGAACCUUGUUCUUGUAUCUGAUCAUCACAGCAAAGACGAAGAUGACGAUGAUGAUGAAAAAGAAACAGAAACAGAAACAGAUUUAGGCAUUUGUUUGGAUAAACUUAAUCUUGGUCCCAAAAAGAAACUCCUCGUGAUUCCUCUCGGUGGAUUCAUCGUUCACCGAGCCCAUCGUCGUCGCCCAAACACCAUUCCCAGAAACAGCCGUUCUGAUUUCUCUUCUGGGAACUUUCUGAUUUACAGGAGGCCUUUUUGUGAAUCGUUCUUGAAGUUUUGCUUUGAAAGAUUUGAAGUGGGGCUGUGGUCUUCUGCUAUGGAGCAUAACAUACAUGCAGUUUUGACCAAUGUCAUGGGGGAUUUGAAAAGGAAGUUACUAUUCAUCUGGGAUCAAGAAGAAUGCACAGAUACUGGUUUCACAUGUCUGGAGAACAAAAAGAAGCCCUUGUUUUUAAAGGAGCUUAAAUUUCUAUGGGAGAAGAAGUACUCUAAUCUUCCAUGGAAAGAUGGAGAUUACUCGUCUUCAAACACCCUUUUGAUCACAAAUCCUGCGAAUGCCCUUUUGAAUCCUUCCAACACUGCCAUAUCUCAUCAAGAUUAUGAUCCUGACAACAAGCAAGAUGAUUUUUUAGGACCUGGUGGCGAGUUCCGAGCAUUCUUGGAUGGAGUUGCGGAUGCUACUGAUGUGCAGAGCUAUGUUCAAAGUCAUCCGUUUGGUGAGCCUGCGAUUACACCUUCGCAUCCUGAUUGGAAGUAUUAUGUGAAGGUCGUUGCUCAUUUAGGCAAGGAAGAAAUUCAUGCAUGACCAAAAACCAACUGGUUUGUUAAUUUCGUACGGAAUAAAAGCUAUUUUCUGGAGUUUGUUUUAUGAAUUGAAGGUGGUCUUGUAUUUUGUGAGCAACAUUUUAAGAUUAAUAUCAAGUAUGGUUUCUUGUUAUAA